AACAAACAAAGGUAGAUGCAAAAGUCCCAGUCAACAUUUCAUGACAUAAUAAAAUAAACUUUGUUGUUAUUAAUGAAGAGUAGGACAACUUUUGCUGAAUUUACUCUUAGAUGGAUUGUGCUAAGAAACUGCAAAAGAAAAGUCAAUGCUUUACGUGAAUAACAAUAGAUCCAAACAUGGAAGCUGAAUCAUCUUCUCAAAAACCUCAUAUGCAAAUGGCAGUAUCAAGAUUUUCAGUUUCUAGCUGCUCUUCUCUUUUAAUGGCUUUCCUUUUUGCUCUGUCUGCCUCUUUCCAAUUCAAUGACCCUGAUUGGUAUUUGUGGUUUCCUCUAUAUGCAAUGGCUUGCCUUGUCAACGUGGUCAAUGGAGUCCCUAAACUCACAAAAACAGCCAAAAUUGCACUCUUGUUGGGAAUCAUCUUAUUCCUCAAAGUUGUCAUUGAAGAUGUUCGUUUUCAUCAAGGAAUAACUGGACUUUGGUCAUUAGAUAUGAGGGAGAGAGUUGUCAGGGAAAAGCUUGGAAGUGGACUUGUUAUUCUUUCCAUGUCUUUAAGACUACUAAAAUCAGACACUGAUAAUCCCUCACUUGCAAACCAUGUUAAAUUUGGACAAUCAAUGUUGGUUGCAAUAGGUUAUGGCCUGUCCGUUGCUUUCUUCUUAUUCUCAAAGCCAGAAAUGAAGUUUUAAUCUCACUGUCCUCUUCCCU